AUGGUCAAGAAGCUGCUGGGAAGUGGGGGUCUCGCGCUGACGCUGCUGCUGCUGCUGCUGCGACUACUGCUGGCCCUGACCACCACUGCCACCACCGCUCCCCUCCUCCCCCACCACCGCUGCUGCCAUCUCCACCGUUCCCAGUGCCUCCAUCUCCUCCACCACCACCUCCACCGCCUCCACCCCUACGGCCAACCCCACCACCUCCACCUCCCCCGCCGUCUGCACCACCGCCACCUCCACCGCCACCCCCACCUCCCCUGCCACCCUUGCCGCCCCUGCCGCUGCAACGCUUCCCACUAG